AAAGGAAUCCAGUCAACCCCCCCACCUCCAAAGUACAUAUUUGACAGGGCACAGCGAGGCAGAGCCUGCACUCCAGCUUAGCGUUCAGUUAGGCACAGACGCCCCAGCCCCUCUCCUCUCCUUAAUUUUCUUUCGGACGUUUUGUCGGUGCAGCCGCACAGCAGUAAGCAGCCAUGGAUGCCAUCAAGAAGAAGAUGCAGAUGCUCAAGCUCGACAAGGAGAAUGCCUUGGACAGAGCUGAGCAGGCCGAGUCAGACAAGAAAGCAGCAGAGGACAGAAGCAAACAGCUUGAGGACGAUUUGGUAGCUCUGCAGAAGAAGCUGAAGGGAACUGAGGAUGAGCUGGACAAGUACUCCGAGGCUCUUAAAGACGCCCAGGAGAAACUUGAGCUGGCUGAGAAGAAAGCCACUGAUGCUGAGGGAGAUGUCGCUUCCCUUAACAGACGUAUCCAGCUGGUUGAGGAGGAGUUGGAUCGUGCUCAGGAGCGUCUGGCUACUGCCCUGACCAAGCUGGAGGAGGCUGAGAAGGCUGCUGAUGAGAGUGAGAGAGGCAUGAAGGUCAUUGAGAACAGGGCCAUGAAAGACGAGGAGAAGAUGGAGCUGCAGGAGAUCCAGCUGAAAGAGGCCAAGCACAUCGCUGAGGAGGCUGACCGCAAAUAUGAGGAGGUGGCCCGUAAGCUGGUCAUCAUUGAGGGCGACCUGGAGCGUACAGAGGAGCGCGCUGAGCUGUCAGAAGGACAAUCUCGGAGAGCGGAGGAUGAGCUCAGGGUUUUGGAGCAAAGCAUGAAAUCUCUAAACGCCACGGUCAUAAAGUACUCACAGAAGGAGGACAAGUACGAGGAGGAGAUCAAGGUCCUCACCGACAAGCUGAAGGAGGCUGAGACUCGUGCUGAGUUCGCUGAGAGAUCAGUAGCCAAGCUUGAGAAGACCAUUGAUGACUUGGAAGAUGAGUUGUAUGCCCAGAAACUGAAGUACAAGGCCAUCAGCGAGGAGCUGGACCACGCCCUCAACGACAUGACUUCCAUGUAAUUUUCAACUUUGCUGCGCCUGCUUGUUCCCCCCUUUCUUCUCUGCACACCAACUGCCUCACCUCUGUCGUCUCCCUUACACUUCUUUGUACCAGUCAUAACUCGUGCAUCCAACUCUUGUGUCUGAUCCUACAUUUAAAACGGUUAUGCAGCCAUGUUUUUAUAGUCUUAAUGUGUUAAAACAGACAUUGUAGUAUUCCAUGUCUGUGUAACUGAAGCCCACUUGCAAUAAUUUUACCCCCCUCUAAGUGGAUUCCUCUCACACUUCUGCCUUACUGUGGUUAUGAUGGUACUUAAUGAUAACUUUGUAUCAUUGGUGUUGAGAUUACUGUAAACAGGGCUGAACUAAUGCAUGAACAAAUCUCAGCAUGAGUCUCUUAACUGAUUCAUUUCUGAAUUGUGUUUGUAAAAAAGGAAUCAGUGGUGACUUUUUUUUACGAUCUAUGCAAAUUUUGUAGUUCUAUAAUUUAAAAACAUUCUAGGUAUUUUCGUGCGAUAUCUUGACAUCCUGAGCCACGCAUGCAAGAUGUCCAUUGAAAUGUUGUGGACUGUAUUAUGGAAGCAUUUCAGUGAGUCUGAUUCACUCUGUGUAACUCAAGGGUAUGAGUGUUUCCUCUUUUCUACUAACGUGGUCUACUUCUGUCGAGAAGAAAGGCCCCCUGUGUGUUUGUUGAAGGUUAACUGUCACACUUUAGCAUCGCUGCGGUUGAGCCCCCAGUUGUGCUAAAUUGCUGUCGUCCCUCACCGUUUGGCCCUUCGGUGGGAGACCGACGAGGCGCACCACCCUCUGUCUGGUCCAGCGCUGCCCCUGGCGUUUAAGUCGAAAAGUCUGGUAAUCAGAGGGAGGAACUGGUCCGACUUGCACUCUGUGUUUGUCAGCGUGCUGGCCCUCGCAAUGCAUUUCUAUUGUGCAUUGUGGUUUUGUAGUGCUUUGCCGUGUCUUGUGUGGUUCUGGUGUACUGUGGUGCAAAAUUUUCCCUCGGUCCCACAGCGACCCCCCUGGUUCACUUUACUUCUUCUCUCCCACACAGAUAAAUUUUUUACACCUCAUGAAAGACGUCUCCUGCCGGCUGAGCGGCGUCUGUCUGCUCUCUGCAGCCUUCUCUCCAUUGUCCCUUCCCUCUCUGUCUUUGCUUUCCUCCCCCUCUCAUGUUUUCAUCCUCACGUUAUCUGCAUCCCAUCUCUUGUACAGAAUCCUAGAAUCUUUCUGCACUGUGUAAGAAAUAAACACCCUUCCUUCUA